AGUCCGCAUAGUAGUUUUGUUUAGACAGUAGUGAGGCUGAUCGAUAUGGCUGCGUAUGUUCUUUCUCUCAGCGAACCCUUAAGCAGUCAGAUGGAUUGAACAAAAAAACGAUUGCACUACACCGUUUUGUACACAGAGGAAAUACCGUUAGUUAUUUGCCAUAUUCCGUCACGAGUGUGACGCUUCAUGUGUGGUUGUUCGCUGGGGGGACCGAGAGCUGUCAAGAGCACCCCAGGAAUUGGAGUAGGCUACGAGUAUCAAGAUGCAUUCAUUGACCAAUAGCGUCAUCUGACAGAAACUUUGGGAGAUUAUUAAUAGGCGUUAUCGAUGCUAUCCUCAACAGUAGUGGUAUUUCUAUAAUUUAUCUUGGACUGAUUGCCAGCAAGGUGUCAGGAAUGCACACUAUCCUCACACUAGCUGGGUUGAUUCUGGCUCUGUCCAUCCCGAGUGCCAGGCCCGAGUCGGCUGAACUGAGGUUCCUGGGACAGACGGACUUCGUGGUCAACGAGAGCAGCCGCACCGUGGUGCGCCUGGUAGUGGAGAGGAUCGGAGACCCGGUCAACGUGACCGCGCUGGUUCUGUUGGAGGGAGAUGACACGGGGGACUUUGAGGCCACCACGGCUGCAGCCUUCCUGCUGUCCUCAGAGGCCAGUAAGACCGUCUUCAUCGCAGUCAGGGACGACGAGCUGCCCGAGGCCGAUGAGACCUUUGUCUUCAACCUCAGGCUACAGAGCUCCUCCAAUGGCGUGAGACUCGGGACGCCCAACAGAGCCACCAUCACCAUCCUGUCCAAUGACAAUGCCUUCGGAAUCAUCUCCUUCAACUCUACUGAACAGAUCAUUGUGGAUGAGCCUAGAGGGAGGAACCAGUAUGUGCCUCUCAGCCUGGUCAGAGAGAAGGGGACGUAUGGGACAGUGACGGUCAACUUUGAGAUCUCGGAAGGCCCUAACCCUGCCCUGGAGGACCUCAGUCCAGACCGGGGGAACAUCACCAUUCCACCUGGACGAGCUUUGGUGGUAUUUAGCAUCCUCAUCCAGGAUGACCAGAUCCCUGAGGAUGACGAGGUGUUCACUGUCAGGCUGACAGGUGUGGCAGGCGGGGCGGUCCUCAACCCCAAUGGCAGCAGCGUGGAGCUGAAGAUCCGCCGUAAUGACAGCCCCCUGCGCUUCUCCCAGUCCCAGAUGGCCGUGGCCGAGACCGCCGGGGUCAUCUCCCUGACCAUAACCCGCGGCCUUCUGGCCGACCACGGCCGCUUGGUAGGCUCAGAUGACACGGAGGUCUCCGUGGACUACGUGGUCUUCAGCGGCGACGGGGCGGGCAGUGCCACUCCGGCGGUGGAUUUCAUGGACCUGCAGGCGGUGCGCACAGUGACAUUUCCCCCAUGGGUCUAUGAGGCACGUCUGCUCUUCAACGUCAGCGAUGACGAGGUGCCGGAGAUUGCCGAGUCGUUCCACGUAGUGCUGCUGGAGGAGACGGUGAGAGGAGACGCCGUGCUGAUCCCGCCCAAUGCCGUCCUGGUCACCAUCGAGCCCAAUGAUAAACCCCACGGGGUCCUGUCAAUCAGUGGCAGCCCCCUCAACCAACUAAUCAGUAUCAACGAGGAUAUGACUGACAGAUUUGACGGUAUCUCCAUCGUGAGGAACGGCGGUAACUACGGUGACGUCUCUGUCAACUGGACCAUCAGUCGGAACUCCAGCGACCGCUCGCCCGUGUCAGAUGACCUGAGCCCCGAGGCGGGCACACUGUGGUUGACGGCGGGUCAGAUGAGCGCGGUCUUGCCCUUGAACAUCACAGCAGAUGAGCUUCCAGAGGAAGCAGAGGCCUUUGUCCUCCGACUGCUGCCGGACACUGUGCAGGGAGGGGCCGAAGUGGACGAGCCUAUGGAGAUGAUGUUCUACCUCCAGGACAGCGAUGACGUGUACGGCCUGUUCCGCUUCCAUCCGGAGGAGAACCAGAACAUCCAAAGUCAGCCCGAUGGACGCUUCCUGUCCCUUAGCUUUCUGCGGGAGGGGGGCACCCUGGGGGAGGUAUCCCUAGCCCUCACUGCCCUCUACAUCCCCGCGGGGCCCGUGGACCCCGGGCUGGCCCGGGACGGGGUGCUGAACGGCAGCCGCUCUACUACCGUGCUGUUCUCUCAGGGCCAGGAUCUGACCAGACUCACCCUGCCCGUCCGCAAUGACGCCUUCCUGCAGAACGGAGCCCACUUCCUCAUCCAGCUGGAUAGUGUGGACCUGGUCAGUAUCAGCCCUCCCAUCCCGUCUGUGAGUCCUCGCUUCGGAGGGGCGCUCAACCUCACCCUCACAGUCACCCCCGACAUCGCCAAUGGGGAGAUCGGCUUCACCAGUAACACCACGGUGGUGGUGUAUGAGCCUGAGGUCACCAACACUAGCACGGUGACCCUCAGCCUGCGGCGGGACGGGACAGACGGCAAGGCCGUGGUGUUCUGGAGCCUUCGACCAAUCGGAGACAACCAGGCUGACAUCACCACUGACGACCUGGAAACCCUGAGUGGCUCAGUGGUGUUCCUGACGGGACAGAGUGACGCCGUCAUCAACGUCACCGUCAUGGCUGAUGAUAUCCCUGAGGUCAACGAGACCCUAUCCCUCACUCUGGACAGGGUUAACGUUGAGAACCAGAUCCUGAAGCCUGGCUUCACCAGUCGAGAGAUUGUCAUUGUGGAGAACGACGACCCAGGUGGAGUCUUUGAGUUCUCCCCCUUCUCCAGAGGACCCUGGUAUAUCAACGAAGGUGAGGCGGUGGAGCUGCGUGUCAUCAGGGCCCAGGGGCAGUUGCUCAAACAGCUGGUGCGGUAUGUCCUCAUGCCCUCGGGCAACGCCGAGUUCUACGGCGCCACGGGCAUCCUGGAGUUUAAGCCCGGGGAGAGGGAGGUGCUGGUGGCACUGGUGGCAAGGCCUGACGGGGUCCCUGAGCUGGAUGAGAUGUUCUCGAUGGUACUCAGCAGCUACAGCACUCCACCCAGUCGCCUUGGCAACCACCGAGAGGUCAACAUCACGGUGCGGAAGAAUGACGACCCCUUCGGGGUCAUAGAGUUCGGCCGGUCUGGAGUGGCAGAGGCCAUCAACGAGAGCAAAGGCUCCGAGUCUCACUCAGUGGCCUAUCCUGUGGUGAGGAACAGGGGUCGCUUUGGGGAGGUGUCUGUGUCCUGGGUCCUAGAGCCCCACAGGUCUGCUGACGUCAGUCCCGUACAGGGAUACGUUGUGUUUGCUGAGGGGGAGUAUGUGAAAAACCUCACCCUCUUCUCUGUACCUGAUGAGCUCCCAGAGGACAUGGAGAAUUUCACCAUCACACUACUAAACGUGACAGGGGGAGCAAGACUUGGGAAUGUACUCAACGCAAGCUUGCAGAUCAACAAAAACGAUGACCCGAUUUACUUUGCAGAGCCUGUGGUUGUCAGGCUUCAGGAGGGGGGUGUGGCCAACUUCACUGUUUUGAGGGCUGGUCCGGCUGACUUUGUUGCCACGGUGAUGUAUCGCGUGGACUACGGCGGGACGUCACUGGGUGACUUGGCCCCGCUGAGUAACGACACCGUGCUCGUGUUCGGUGUGGGAGAAUGGUCGAAGAACAUCUCUGUAGCUGUGGAGGAGGACGACACACCUGAGACUGACGAACCCUUCUACGUCAUCCUCUACAACACUACAGGUGACGCUGUUGUGUAUGGUGCGGACACAGCGACAGUGGUGAUCGAGGCCAAUGAUGAGGCCAACGGAAUAUUCUCCCUGGAAUCCACAGAGAGGUCUGUAGAAGAGGGCAAGACCAACAACUUCUAUGUUAUCAGGGCCAGAGGCCACUUUGGCAACGUGACGGUGUUCUGGCGUCUUUAUGCCAAUGACACAGCCCUGGAGCCUGGUCAGGAGUUCACCAACACCUCGGGCUCCAUCACCUUCACCACGGGAGAGGAGACCAAGCCCAUCGUCCUGGAGGCCAUCUCAGACAAACUCCCCGAGUUCAACGAGUUCUACGUCCUCAGGCUCGUCAGCAUCUCAGGUGGUUACCCCGGAGAGGGCGGCCGAUUGGCUAAUACAUCCCUCAACGCCUCUGUCCUGAUCCCCUUUAACGAUGACCCUUUUGGAGUGUUCGCCAUUGCCGUCGACAACCUGGACCAGGAAGUGGCUGAGGACAUCCUGUCAGAAGAGGACAUGUCUGAUGUCACUUCCUUCACCAUCCUGCGGCAGCAGGGCACCUUCGGGGAAGUGCGGGUUGCCUGGGAGAUUGUAUCUGUCCGUUUCCCUCUCGGCCUCCCUCCCAUGCAGGACCUCCUCCUCAGCGCCUCCUUCCCAAAGGAGGUGGAGCUCAGGCCCCACUCCAGGAGGCACCAUUCAGGCACCGACGCCUGGUUCUUCUCGGGCCUUCAGGGGGCCUACGGCACUAUCAGCCCAGAGGAAGGGCCUGGCAGUCUUGCUAACUUCACCUUCUCAGCCUGGCUGGUUCCCAGGCCGGACACCAACGGCUUCAUCGUGUCCAAGGGCAACAGGAACGGGACGCUGUACUAUGGGGUGAAGGUCCAGACCAACGAGUCCCAUGUGAGUGUGAUGCUGUACUACACAGCCUUGGGAGCCAACAGCACGCUGGUGGCACGGGCCACGGCAGAGAGGUUUGUGGAGGACAACGUAUGGCUCCAUGUGCUGAUCACGGUGGACGAUGGGAUUAUUGAGUUCUUCCUGAAUGGCAACCUUAUGCCCAGAGGGAUUAAGAGUCUCAAAGGAGAGGCCAUCACUGACGGUUCAGCUCCGGUGCGGAUCGGCUCGGACCCCUACGGAGAGCAGCGCUACACGGGCCUCCUGCAGGACCUGCGUCUCUACCACAGCAGGCUGAACCGCUCGGAGAUCCACGAGGUCCACGCGCAGCCCGCCAAGAUGGACCUGAGGAACAUCUCCGGCUACCUGCAGUACUGGCAGGGCGAGAGGCAGAAGGCCUUUGUGGUGGAGGUGCGGGACGACAAGGAGGAGGAAGGGGAGGAGCUGUUCUACCUGCAGCUGGUGGCGGCCCAUGGGGGGGCGCGUCUCCCCCUCCCCCGCCCCACCGCCACCCUGCGGGUGAUGAAGAGCGACAACGCCAACGGCUUCUUUGGCUUCACCGGCGCCUGCAUACCAGACACGACAGAGGAAGGCUCCACCAUCUCCUGUGUUAUUGAACGGACGCGUGGGGCUCUGGACCACGUCUAUGUGAACUACACUGUCACUCAGCUGGACUCAGACAGCCAGGCUCAGGCCAACCAGGACUUUGCUAACGCCAGCGGCUCUGUGCUCUUUCUGCCUGGUCAGCGCUCUGAGGUCCUGAAUCUGCUGGUGCUGGAUGAUGACACCCCUGAGUUCGCUGAGUCCUUCCAGGUCACGCUGGUGUCAGCCGAGUCAGGUGACGGGAAGCCAGGCUCUACCCCCACCAGUGGGGCCAGCAUUGACCCUGACAACUCAGCCACCACUGUCACCAUCACAGCCAGCGACCAUCCCUACGGUCUGAUCCAGUUCCAGUCCAGCCUGCCAGCUGAGGGGAUGAUCCGCCCGGCAACAGAGCCUGCCCAUGUCACGGUCAAUGAGGAGGACGGAGAGGUCCGUCUGCUGGUGGCCAGGGCCCAAGGCCUGUUGGGAAAAGUCAUGGUCGGCUACAGGACCUCACCGUUCACCGCAGUCAGCCCCGAGGACUAUGAGGACUCAGAUGGCGUGCUAGACUUCCUGCCAGGAGAACGCUUCAAGUACAUUAGUGUGAUGGUCAUAGACAACCCCGUGCCAGAGCUGGACAAAGUGUUCAGAGUGGAACUCUACAACCCUGAUGGAGGAGUGGAUCAGUUCCUUCGGAGUGAAGGCAGUGGCAGUGGAGAAAGUGACACUGAGUUUUUCCUCCUGUCCUCUCACCACCUUGCCAGCCUGGGAGUCGCCUCCCACAUCACCGUGACCAUCGCUGCCUCUGACGACGCACACGGAGUGUUCCAGUUGAGCCAGGACUCACUGUCUGUCAACGGCACCGAGCCUGAGGAGGGACGCAGCACUGUGCUCCUGCAGGUGGUGCGGUCAUCCGGUGCCCUAUCCAACGUGACUGUAUUCUGGGAGGCUGAGGACAGCUCUGAGGAAGACCUCAUCAGCAGGYCCGGGAACAUCACRUUCCACGUGGGCCAGACCAGGGGGGAGAUUGAGCUACAGGUGGCCCAGGACGAGGUGCCGGAGCUGGACAAGAGCUUCGGCGUGUCCCUGGUCAACGUCUCCCAUGGGCGUCUGGCUGUGAGGACUGAGGCCACUGUGACAGUGCUGGCCAGUGACGACCCCUACGGAGUGUUUGUGUUCUCAGACAGCAGCAGGCUGGUGCGCCUGCCCGAGGGCCACACCCUGGUCAUCCUCACCAUCCACAGGCAGAGGGGGCUGAUGGGAAAGGUACGCGUGACGUACGGAACCCUGAGUGAGGCUGACACCGCCCCCUUCAUGACCCCGGGUGUGGGCAGGGCCAGUGAGGGAAACGACUUCGUCCCCCUCCUGGAGUCGGUGGUGUUCACGGCCAAUCAGAGUGAGGCUAACGUAACCCUUCGAGUGCUGGAUGACGAUGACCCUGAGAGGGACGAGUCUGUGUUCGUGGAGUUGAUCAGUGUCAAUCUCAUAGAAGGAGAGCAGGAGAGACUAAUUGCCCGGUCUCCUCGUCUUGGUCCGAAGGCUGAGAUCGUAGCCCAGGUGAUAGUGGAGGCGAGUGAUGACGCCUUUGGGUUCCUGCAGCUGUCUGCCCCGGCGGUCAGUGUAGCUGAAUACUAUGUCGGACCCAUCAUCAAUGUGACACGCACCGGGGGAAUUUUUGCUGACGUGUCGGUGAAGUUCAGGGCUGUACCAAUGACUGCCAGAGUUGGUGACGACUACAGCGUAGCGUCCACUGACGUGGUUCUCCUGGAGGGGGAGACCAGUAAGCCUGUUCCCAUCUACAUCAUCAACGAUGUGAUUCCUGAGCUGGAGGAGACCUUUCGCAUCGAGCUGCUCAACGUGACCACAGGGGGCGCUCGACUGGGGGCUCUCACUCGCACCAUCAUAACCAUCCUGCCCUCUGAUGACCCCUUUGGGGCCUUCGUAUUUCAGGCUGCUCCUGUCACCAUAGAGGAGCCAGGGGCGAACUCCUUUGAGGUGACACUGCCCAUCGUGCGUAACGCUGCCAUAGGGACCGUGGCCAUCCAGUGGCGAGCCACGGUCAACGGCAGAGCAGCAGUAGGGACUCCGCCUGUGUCAGGAGAGGUAAUCUUUGCGCCCGGGGAAACCACUAAGACGUUGAAAGUCGAGGUUCUAGCAGACGAUGUGCCGGAAAUUGAGGAAAUAAUCAAGGUGGAAUUGCUUAGUGCCACUAAUGGAGGAAACCUUGGAAUCGACAAAACAAUCAAUAUUACUGUCCCAGCCAAUGACAACCCGUAUGGGACGGUCUACUUUGACCAUGUGUAUCGUGUGCAGGAACUCUCGAAGGGAAUUUUUAUGGCCAACAUUACUGUCCGUCGAAGUGGUGGUUAUUUUAGCCAAGUGGAGGUCCUCUACAGCACCUCGGAGAUAGACAUAGUGAGCAUGGCCCAGACUGAGGGCCAGGACUUGCUGUUGUACUACAACCCCCCGGUGUCAGGAGUACCCUCUGGCACCCCCCGCAGGCCUGUCAACGUCAGCUCUCAGGGAGACCCCCUGGCUGCCUGUGCUGCAGUCUGCCUGAGGGAGCAGGCCUGCCAGGCCUUCUCCCUGUCUACCCCUGGGGGCUCGUCCCCCAUGGCUUCCUGCACCUGGGUGACCAGCGGGGCUGCCCAGCUCACCCCGUCCGCCCAGACCCUCACCUAUACCAAAAACACCACGGCCGCCGCCGUUCUCUUCAGCUCGCAGGCCGUGGCGGGUAGCGACUACACCACCAUGACAGCGCAGACGGCCAUCUUGGAAGACGGCUCGGGUGUGGCCAACCUGACCGUUCCCAUUCUGAUGGACAAACUCCCAGAGAUGGACGAGAGCUUCUCCAUCCGCAUCCUGAAGGUGGAGCUGGUCAACAUGACCGUGGCUGAGAAGAACCUGCCCUCCAUAGGGCAACCGGACAAGGCAGUGGUCACCAUAGGCAUGAACGGCGAUGCCUUUGGGGUGUUUCUCAUCUACAGCCUCAGCCCUAACGCUACAGAGGAUGGGAUCUAUCUGGAGGUGAGAGAGGAGCCACGUGUGUCAGUACCCCUGGUCAUAGAGAGGAGGGGAGGCAGCCUAGGACAGGUGACAGUGGAGUGGAGGUUCGUGGGCGGAAUGGCUACACCGGGCACUGACUUCACCGGGACUGGAGAAACACUUGUCUUUGCCGAUGGCGAUUUGAAGAAGACCAUUGAGAUAGUGAUUGCGGACGACUCGGAGCCAGAGGACAGCGAGACCCUGAUGGUUGGCCUGGUGAAGACGGCGGGAGGCAGCCGGAUCCUGCCCAGCUCCGACACGGUCACCAUCGUCAUCCUGGCCAACGACAACGUGGCGGGGGUGGUGGGCUUCCACGCAGUCUCACGCUCUGUCAAGGCCAGAGAGGGGGAGAUGCUGUCCCUGCUGGUGACCAGGACAGCUCCUGGUCUGGGGAACGCCACCGUGGACUGGGCCAUCCAAGGCCCCCGCGUUGCCAGGACCUUUACACAUACCUCAGGACUACUAUUCUUCACCGAGGGAACACUGAACGCUACCAUCGUCCUCCAGCUACUUGAAGACGCAACCCCUGAGGAGAAUGAAGAAUAUAGGGUGGUCCUGUCCAACAUCCACACUUACGGUGUUCUGGUAACGGGUCACGCAGCGCUGGACAUCCAGGGGCGCGAGGCCGUGGUUACCGUGGAUACCAGUGACGAGCCGUUCGGGAUGCUGAGCAUCGCCCCGUCCUCCCUCAGCCUGAGCACAGAGGAGCGCGACGGCAUCCUCAACGUCUUCAUCAACAGAGAGCUUGUGGCUUCAGGGGCGGUGAAUAUCAGCUAUGAGACGGUGCGAGGGUCCCUCCAGAACCUGUCCCAGGUGGAAGGGGGCGGCGGCCUGGCUGAACCAGGACAGGACUUCCUCCCUGCGUCGGGCUCAGUGAUCCUGCAGGAUGGACAGACUUCGGUGGCCAUCCCCAUCACGAUACUAGACGAUGACGUCCCCGAGUUGCAGGAAUUCUUCCUGGUCAACAUUACGUCUGCAGUACUCGUCACCACCCUCUCACCUGCCCCUAAACUAGACACCCAGGGUUUGGUGGCAGAAAUCAGCAUUGCCGCCAAUGAUGGAAUUCGAGGUGUCAUUGAAUGGACAAACACUAACUUCGAGGUGAAUGAGACCAUGGGCGUGCUGAGCCUGGUGGCCUACAGGAGCGCAGGAACCUACGGAAACGUCUCGCUCGUCUUCUACGCUCAGAACCUGGAAGCUCAGCUGGGCCUGGACUACAACGUCACUCCAUCGAUGCUCCACUUCGCUGAUGGGGAGAGGCAUCAGUUUGUUGAGGUUCAGAUCGUUGAUGACGUCAUCCCAGAGGGAGCGGAAAGGUUUCAGCUGAUUUUGGCUAAUCCGUCGUCUGGGCUGGAGCUGGGAGACAAUACCACAGCCAUGGUGAGCAUCUUGGCCAGCGACGACGGCCAUGGUGUCAUUUCCUUCAACAGCAGCCAGCACUUCCUGUUGAGGGAACCCACGUCGGUGUCCGGGCUGGGGGAGAGCGUGGCCACCCUGUACGUGGUGCGUGACCCACCCCAGGGCACCUUCGGUACCGUCAACGUCCAGUUCACCAUCACAGAUGCCAACGAAACGCUGGCCCAGGACGACCUCAUGCCCUGGCAGGGCAUUGUGGAGCUGGAGGACGGAGUCAGGUUCAAGACUCUGGAGAUCUGGGCGGUUCUGGAUGCUGAGCCCGAGGUGAACGAGACGUUCACGGUAACUCUGUCCAAUCCAACGGGAGGAGCGCGGCUUGGAGACACACUCCACACACUCAUCACCGUGCUUCAGAACUCCGCCCCGCUGGGCCUCUUCCGCAUCGCUCCCUCCCUCAAUAGGACUGGCAGCUCUGUGGUGGGGGAAGAGGGUGGUAGGACUGUGUUCUUGACCGUGUCCCGCAGUAACGGUCUAGAGGCAGCGGUCAGUGUGGAGUGGGAGACCCAGUCGGACACAGCCAUUGCCAUGGAGGGGACUCUUCCAGUGAUGGCAGUGUAUCAGAUCUUCUCAGAGACCCCACCUCAGGCUGGUGUUCCCUGGCUGAUGGUGCCUCUCCUCUGGUCGGUGAGGAUCCAGGACCCUCGUGUGUGUGUGGGCUUCUCUGUGAACGGCUCGUACAACGUAGCGAUCACACACGGAGGCCGCGCUGACUCCCCUGCCGUCAACCUCAGCCUGUUCAGAGUGCAGCCGGACCACAACCUUACACUGGAACAAACGUUGGCUGUUGAAGCUCUUGAUGUCAAACACUUCUCCGUUGAAGGAAGAGACUACUUGAUUGCCUCGAGCCAGGUGUUUGUUCGGACUGGGAGUACCUUUGUUGUUCAUCAGAGCCUGGAGCUUCAGGGUGUCCUCAGUGUGUCUCUGUUCUCCCACGGGACCGGUCUCUACCUGGCUGCCUGUGUGGGGAAAGAGACUGAGGACGGCUGUGUACUGUUCCAGUGGAGUCAAGGACACUUCCAGAACCCCAGGCCUCUGCCUGUCAGCAGCAGAGCUCAACAAGUGGAGUCCCUCACCAUGGGAGCAGACGUUCUCCUGUUGGUCGUCACUGAAGGUUCCUCUACCUCCUGUGAGGUGUUUGUAUGGAGAGCCAUGCAGCAGUUCCCUCAGCACAGCCAGUCUAUCCCCCACCCUGGCCUGGGCUCUGCCCACCCCUUCACCCUACCCUCAGGGAUCACCCAUGUCCUGCUGGCGGGGAGGAAUGGCUCAGCGCUGUACUCCUGGAGGUCUGACAUCAGUCUGUUUGCCAUGGUGCUCAGGUCUCCUUCAGCCUCUCACUUCCUCUCUCUACCUCUACCCUACUUCAACACCACCAAGAGCCUCAUAGCAGCCACCGAGCCCUCAGGCUCAACCCUGUAUGAGCUCACCACGGUCUCCAACCACUCUGACUUCAUACCCAGCUAUGGCGAGUUGCGUUUCACACCCGGCGACCGGGAGUUGGAGAUUGCGGUGAACAUCAUCGACGACGGUGCCCCGGAGGAGGAAGAACAGUUCCGUGUGGUCCUAAGAAAUCCCAAGGGAGGGGCUGAGAUUGGCUUUGGUGGUCAGAUGACCGUGCUUAUUCCAACCAAUGACGACGCCCAUGGAGUCAUAGGCUUUGCACAGGGCUCUCUAUCUGUGGAAGUGGAGGAGUUGGCGCGGAGCAACCCUAUCUCUCUGAGUGUUGAGAGGAGGAGAGGAACCUUCGGCAGACUGACCGUCCACUGGGCAGCCAACGGCAGUCUGGAAGACAUCUUUCCCACGUCAGGAGUGGUGACGUUUUCUGAGGGCCAGGUGAUGGCUACCAUCUCUUUGACCGUGGUAGCAGACAGCUUUCCUGAGUUGAGGGAGAGGGUCACCCUUACCCUUUUGGAUGUCACCACAGUGGGCCUAGACCAGCUCUCCAGGGGGGCGCUGAUUGACCCACAGAGGGCACAGGCCCUCCUCACCAUCCUGCCCAACGGUUCGCCCUAUGGGGUGAUAGGCUGGCACCUGGACUCCCAGUACCUCCACACACAGGAGCCCCAGAAGAGUCCCGCUAAUGUCACCCUCACCAUUGUGAGAGAGCAGGGAGUGUCUGGGGAGGUGGCGGUCCACUACCAGACCAGACCGGCCCUGUCCCAGCCCCCCUCCAACCAGGCCAGCACCCCACAGGACUACACAUCCCGGGAGGACACCGUCAUCAUGAAGGAGCAUGCCACCAUGGCUCUCGUCACCAUCACCAUCCUACCAGAUGAGGCUCCAGAGCUGGCUGAGAGUUUCCUGGUGAAUAUCACAGGUGUGGAGCUGGUGGGGGGGUUGACAGGGGCCGGCCAGCCCAGUGUGAAGAGGCCUGGCAUGGAGGUGGCUGUGGUCACUAUCCAGGAGAACGACGACCCGCGGGGGGUCCUGCGGUUCAGCGUCUCACAGGAAGAGUCCGGAGGGGUACUGGCCUAUGAGGUGCCCCCGCCCGGGAACCUCCUCCGCCUACCUGUGGUGCGAUUGGCUGGCAGGACUGGGAGAGUGGUGGUGUACUGGGAGGCUCGGACAAUCACAGCCAGCCUCGAUGACUUCAUUCCUGCUUCUGGGAAUAUCACCUUUCAAGAUGGCCAGGGUGAAGCCUUUAUUGACAUCAGUAUCGUGGAUGACACGGAGGUGGAGUCUGCAGAGCGCUUCGGUGUGACUCUGAUGCGUGUGAUUGGUGGAGCCAGACUGGGGGAGGGGACCUCUGUGACCGUCACCAUCCCCCCCAACGAUUCACCGCUGGGCCGUUUUGGCUUCCAAGAGCAGACUGUCACUAUCAGCGAGCCAGCAUUCACUAGUGACCCAGCUGCCAUGGCAAUGCUAACAGUGUUGCGCAGUGCGGGAGGAGAGGGGGCGGUGACACUGGUGUGGCGGCUGGAGGACGUGGCCCGGGAUGACCUUUCACCUCUCAACGGAACACUGGUCUUCAGUGUGACAGAGUUGAGGAAAACGUUGGUGAUCCGGGCUCUGGCUGACGCUGUGUUGGAGGGAGACGAGAACUUCACUGUCCAGCUCCUGGCUGCCGAGAGUGGUGCUGUCAUCGACCCCAUUAACGGGGUGGCCACCAUCACCAUCCAGGGAGACCGUGCAGCCCUGGGAACGGUGGGCAUCGCUGAGGCCUCCAGGAAUGUCCUGAUAGGAGAACCUCAGGGAAACUAUAAUGGGACUGCUUUGAUCAGCCUGGUACGAGGCCCAGGCAUCUUCGGAGAGAUCCAGGUCUACUGGAACAUCACUCCCGCUGUGGCCUCUGAGUUUGAGGAGCUGUCUGGUGUGGUGACCAUGCGAGACAGACAGUCUGCAGCCACCAUCCGCCUUAAGGCGCUGGAUGAUGACAUGGCGGAGGAGCGCCGUGUGUACCAGCUGACCCUGACCUCAGUCACGCCAGGGGCGGAGAUCAGCCCCUCGGCCCAGCGGGCCACAGUCACCAUGGCAGCUAGUGACCUCCCCUACGGCCUGUUCUCCUUCCCCCAGGGCCUCGCCGGGGCCUCUGAGGAGGAGGGCAAGGUCAAUGUGACAGUGGUGCGUUCCAUGGGCACGUUUGGGAGUGUGUGGGUGACCUACCAGACAGCAGGCAGUGUAGCGGUCAGUGGAGUGGACUUCACUGAAGCCUCGGGGCGCCUUCUUUUCAGCCCAGGCCAGACCACGCGUGGUGUCACAUUGAGUAUCCAUGACGACGACCUCCCAGAGGGGCCUGAGGAGUUCUACCUCAACAUCAUCACCGUAGAGCUCCUUAACGACAGUACUGUGGACUUCAGCGUGAUGGAGCACGGCCUGCAGCGAGACCAGCCUCCAGCCGUCGGCAACAUCUCGUCCAUCAGGAUCGUCAUCCAGAAGAGUGACAACGCUGAGGGUGUUCUGGAGUUCCUCCCUGACUAUGUCAACAUCACAGUGGAGGAGGACGUGGGCAGUGUGUCUAUCCCGGUGGUGAGGAGGGUGGGUUCCUACGGCCUGGUCACAGCAGAGUACAUAUCCAGGGGCCUGACGGCCAGCCCAGGCCUGGACUACAGCCUGGCCAAUGGCUCGCUCACCUUCCUCCACGGCCACAACACCAGUCACAUCAACGUGACCAUCAUAGAUGACCAGGACAGGGAGUAUGCCGAGAUGUUUGAGAUCCAGCUGUUCAGCGCCACGGGCGGAGCCAUACUGGGGACUCAUUUGGUCGCCAGUGUUACCAUCGCCAAGAGCGACUCACCCAACGGCGUGGUCCGUUUCCUGAACGAGAGCGUGAUCACCCUGGUGAACCCCAACAGCACCCUGAGGCUCAGCCUGUUCCUGGAGAGGGUGGGCGGGCUAGUGGGCAACACUACGAUAACAUGGAGCAUGCUGGGUCCCAACACCAAAGAGGUCUUACCACCCGUAAACACAGACAUUGGUGAACCUGUGAACGGAUCGUUUCAUUUCAGAGAUGGAGAGGGGGGAUUACGCAUCAUCGAUCUGAGUAUUCUCCCCCAUGGGGAGGUGGAGGUGGCGGAGACCUUUGUAGUCAUGCUUGAGCUCCUCUCAGGAGACAUGGACAUUGACCCCCAAGCGGGCUCUGUCACGCUCAAGAUUGAGAAGUUUGGUGACCCUAAUGGCAUAGUGCAGUUCACGGAGGAGGACCUUAGAGAGCGUGUGUACAGUGAGCCCACAGACAGAGAGGGGCCGCUCAACAUCUCCCUCCUCAUCACACGCAGAGAGGGCGUCAUGGGCAACAUCACGGUGCACUGGCAGAUCCUGAGUGACUCUGACACAUCGGGGGAUUUCUCGGACCUCAGCGGCUCCGUGGUCAUCCUGGAGGGUCAGAGGGGGGCAGAGGUGGUCCUCGCCCUGCUGCCCGACGCCGUGCCCGAGCUGGAGGAGCUCUACACGCUCAGGCUGAGCGCCGUAGAGGGCGGCGCCACCCUGGACGCCAACCGCAGUAGCACCCGACUCAGAGUGCGGGCCAACGACGAGCCGCACGGCUUGUUUGGGCUGGAGGCGGAGCAGCAGGCGGUGGUGGUGGCAGGGAUGGGGGCUGGGCUGGGGAGACUCCUGACCCUGAAGGUGACGCGGCAGGCUGGAGCCUUCGGCAACGCCAGUGUGGGCUACCGGAUCAGUACUGGGCCUGGGCUGGAUGGACAGGAGCUGCUGGGAGAGGCGGCUGUGGGGAGAGCCCUGGUCAAGGAUGGGGAGGACUCAGCCUCUGUUUAUGUGCCAAUUAAUAGUCAGGUGUUUCUCUCAGUGGGUGUGAACUUCACAGUGGAGCUAACAGACGUGAGCCUUCUGGGACCUCUCCCCAGCUCCCCACCCCGCCUCCUACUGGAGGCCAAGGUCGCCAUAGUGACCGUCCCAGAGGAAGCAGCCAGCGCUGAGGUGGGCUUUGCCUCGUUGGCACUGCAGGUCUCCAGUGUGGAGACGGGUGUGUGUGAGGCGCUGGUGUCCAGGACAGGGCUGUUUGGGGGGGUGAGGGUGGAGUGGAGCGCAGGGUACCCCCCUGGACAGGCUCCAGUUGGGUUCAAGCCGGGAGUUAUCACCCCCAGCUCAGGCUCGGUGACCCUGGCCCAUGGAGAGAGGAGCAAGACUGUGUUCCUCCAGGCACUCCCUGAUGUGUCUGAGCCAGCGGCCUACGCCCUCCACCUCACUGCAGCCGGCUCCAGCUCACCUGUUCCUGGAGUAGCCAGACUCAGGUCAGGGUUCACGGUGGCAGAGGUCGAGCCUCUGGGGCUGUACCAGUUCGCCCCGGACUCCCGCCAGCUGGUCAUCGAGGAGGACGUGCAGACCAUCACCCUCUACGUCCAGCGCCUCUACGGUUUCCGUAGCAACCGUACCCGCCUAUCCUAUGAGACGGCGUCGGGCAGCGCCCUGGCGGGACAGGACUUCACUGCCGUGCAGGACGGAGAGCUGUUCUUCGACUCGCCCCGCCAGACCUCCGCCUCGAUCCGUCUGUCUAUACUGGACGAUGUGCUCUCGGAGCCCGAUGAGAUCUUCUAUGUCAACCUGACAGACGUUCAGGUGCUGAGCCGUGGUGGUGACCCCCACUCAGGCGACUCCCGGCCCCGUCUCACCCCCCAACACAGCGUGGCCACUGUCACCAUCCUGGCCAGUGAUGUCAGCGGGGGGGUGCUGAGCAUCGGGCCGGGGCUGGUUCAGACAGCAGAGGACAAGGAGGAGGGGAGCCAGCAGGAGAGGAAAGUGCUCCUCAAGGUGCACAGGUCUGAGAGCCUGGCUGGGCCAGUGAGGGUCAGGGUCCAGGCUUAUGGGGACGGGAGUGUCGGAGGUGGCCCUCUCCCCUUUACUCUGGAACCCAACAGGAGCCUAGCCCUGGAGGGGCAGGACUUCAGGCUGGAGUCCGCCCUGGUGUCACUGCAGGAGGGGCAAAGCGAGGCCGAGGUCAGCCUACUCAUCCUAGACGACUCUGAGCCCGAGGGACAGGAAGUGUUCUUCAUCUACCUCAGCGAGCCAGAGGGAAGGGCACAGAUCGCAGAUGGACCCGACAAGCAGGGCUUCAGCUCCUUUGCCAAAAUUAUAAUCCUAGGGAGUGAUUUCCAUAAUGGGAUAGUGGGUUUCAGUGUGAGUUCUCUGCUGGGUCAGGUUCUGGAUGAGGACUCAGAAGUGAACAGAACGGCCCUGCUCUACCUACAGAGACAACAGAACCGGGCCUUUGAGGACGUUGAGGUGAUGUGGCGGGCCACAUUCAACAGGGCGGAACUGUCCCUGGUCAACAACGGUGUCAACCUGACCCGGGAGCUGCUGCAGACCUCAGGCACCGUGCUGUGCAGGAGAGGACAGGUCCUCUGUGUCCUCAGCAUGGAGGUCCGACAAGACCAGGAACCUGAGUACCAGGCCUGGUUCCUGGUUGAGAUCUACCAAGUGGGUGUUGGCGCUGCUAUCAACGAGAGUGCCCGCUUUGCCAAUGUCACCAUGCUGGAGAGCGAUGAUCCCCGGGGGCUGGUCUACUUUGCGGUGGGCUCCAGACUGCCCGUAGCACACCUCAAGACCACCCGCCUCAGUCUGCAGGUGUACAGAGAGGCCAGCACAGCCUCCACCAUCACCGUACACUACCGCAUGCUGGAACUCCCUCGGGCUGAGGCAGUAGGCCCUAACCUGGUCUGGCCCGCCGUGGCCGGGAUGGACUUCCUAAAAGAAGAGGGCCAACUGACCUUUGACCUGGGCCAGAGGAGCACGGGGCUGGACAUCACCCUCACCCCAGACCAGGCCUCGUCCAACCCCCCGCCCAAGCGCUUCCGCGUGGAGCUGUAUGGAGCCAGCGGAGGGGCCAGGGUGCACCCUGAGUAUGGGCUGGCCAACGUGACCCUGGUAUCGGACACAGAGGCCCAGCUGGUUUGGGCCCUGUUGGACCAGCUCCAGCAGCCUCUGGACACUACCAUACUGGACAGGGUGCUCCAGGAUCUGCUCAGCAAGUUCACGGAACAGCUCACACCAGAACAACUGACCGCCGUUCUGGUCGCAAUGGGGAAGGUGCUUAUAGAGGCAGAGCGGACCCCUCUUGCUGACAGCAGCCGUGGUUUGACCUAUGACCUCCUGUGUGCCAUGGCAAACCCUAGCCGUGUCGACACGCAGGGCCUGAGUCAGCUGGCAGAGGUGGCUGAGCGCUUCGCCUUCUCCCUCCUCACACACUCCCAGUGUGGAGCACAAGGUCAAAGGGGGAGGACCAUUCUGGACACUUGCGCCUACAUAUCCAUCUCUGCCUACCACUGGUACCCUACCCAGAUCAACGGGCACAUAUUCACAGGCAAGAACUCAGACUCAUUCCAGUUGCCAGAGUUCCUCCUUGAGGUGCCAGCCCUGCCCGCGGGCACCCUCUCCCCCUCAGCCUGCCGCCGCGUGCAGCUCACAGAGUACAGCACGGAGCACUGGUUCCUCACCAAUGACAAAACCACCGCCCUCAACGGCAAGGUUUUCUCUGCCAGCCUGCAGGGCCGUGGGUCACGGCCCCUGAAUAAGAGUGACGAGGUGGUGUACCGUAUUCACACCCCUGGGCCAAGGGUCAAACCUGGCCAGUCCCUGUGCCUUCUGUGGAACCAGGCUGCUGAGAGCUGGCUGUCAGACGGGCAGUUCUGCAGGGUAGUGGAGGACAGUGGGAACUAUGUGGAGUGUGCCUGCUCCCACCUGUCUGUGUACACGGCCCACGCCGAGAUGGCCGUCUUGGCCUCCUACAACGAGGCAUUCUACGCCUCAGGCUUCAUCUGCAUCUCAGGUUUCGCCUUGGCCAUCGUAUCCCACCUGCUGUGUUCCCGCUUCCCCAUGUUUGCGGCCAAAUUGCUCACCCACAUGAUGAUGGGUUGCCUUGGUACCCAGAUCUGUUUCCUGGUGUCGGCGUUCCGUGGUCGUGUCUUCUCCGAGGACAGCUGUGCUGUUCUGGGCCUCUCCUCCCACUACUUCCACCUCAGCCAGUUCAGCUGGAUGCUUAUCCAGGCAGUGAACUUUUGGCAGGUGUUGGUGAUGAACGACGAGCACACGGAGCGGCGUUACCUGGUCUACUUACUGCUGGGCUGGGGACUUCCUGCUCUGGUCAUUAUCAUCCUGGUCAUCGUGCUGCUGGGGGGCUUCGGCUGGACCAUACACAGUGUUUACGGCCUGGUGCACGGGGAUGUGUGUUUCAUUCCUAAUAUCUAUGCUGCUCUGUGUACAGCAGCCCUGGUGCCUCUCAUCUGCCUGGUUGGGGUACUGGUGGUGUUUAUCCAUGCCUACCAGGUCACACAGCAGUGGAAGGCCUACGAUGACGUGUACCGCGGACGCACCAACAGCUCAGAGGUGCCCAUGGUGCUGUACCUGUUUGCCCUGGUGUCCCUGGUGUGGCUGUGGGCAGGACUACACCUGGGCUACAGAUACCUGUGGAUGCUCAUCCUCUACGUCAUCUUCAACUGCCUGCUGGGCCUGUACGUGUUUGCGGUGUACUUCCUGAUGCACAACCAGCUGUGUUGGCCAUCCAAGGCCAGCUACACGGUGGAGAUGAACAGCCACGGCAGCCCAGACUCCACCUACCACAGCGGGGUAGGGAGUGCCGCCACCAUAGAGGCGGAGAUCAACAAGUCCACCCAGAACCUCAUCAGCGCCAUGGAGGAGGUGUCCGCGGACUGGGAGCGUGCGUCCCUGCGUCCGGGCAGUCAGCCCAGCAGUGUGUUUAAGCAGAGCCCUCAGAGUGGGACCUACACCACCGACGGAGGAGGCUUCACCAACGACAACCUAGUGGCCGACGAGGAGUCCCAGGAGUUUGACGACCUCAUAUUUGCCUUAAAGACUGGAUCUGGCCUUAACCUGAGCGACAACGAGUCGAUCCACGGGAGCCAUGAUGGUGGGAGUACGGCCCCAUCCCAGAUCGUUGAACUCAGACGCGUUCCUAUCGCCGACACACACCUUUAACCUCCCACGUUUUUAUACCACAGAGAAAAACACAACAGUAUUUUUAUAUUUCUACUGCCUUUGCACUAAAACAUCCCGAUUUUUUUAAAUAGAAAAGUUGUAGUUUUUUCGUUAGCUGUUUCAUAUCAUGAAACCCGGUGAUGUUUUUAUGUCUGUUUUUAUAUAUGAAUAUAUAAAUGUUUUACUAAAUUAAUUUGUGAAAGUCUUUGAUGGUGUUUUUGAAGCUGAUUUUAUCUCUCCUUGGAUGUAAACAUUUUGUAAAGUUUUUAGGACACGAGCCAGCACCCUCAAACCUGCUGCUAAGGUUUGUGUAACAUUGUUAAUAAAUAAUUCAACAGCUAUUUUACAUUGGGCUGUCUUGA